CCACACCCCGAUCUGGGCACGGAAUCUCUGCAGCCUGGCCACGGAGCUGGGAACGGGACCCUGGGCAGCACCCCAAAAACCCCGGGGUGGGUGCGUGGGGUUAUCCUGGAGGGGUGCUGCAAAUCCAGCAUCCCCGGGAGUGGGGGGUGGCGUUUGCCAUCUAUCUUUGAUUCGAGGUGCAUUCCCAAGAUUUUAGUUAAGUGUAACAUAAAACUGUGAAAGUUUAGCAGGGGAAAAGCCUUCCUCCCACCGACUUGGCCGGCCAAUCAGGAGGGAGCCCCGCACCUCCCUCACUUCUGACAACUAUUUAGCAACUGAGCUCAGCUAAAGUUUCCAAAAAGUUAGAAUAACUUCCUCUCUCCAAGACCUCAAUUUUUUUACACAACCUCGGUCCUUGAAAUAAGAGCCCUUCAAGCAACCUGGAAAACGUUUGGUCAGCAAAAAAAAAAAAAAAAAAAAAAAAAAAAAAAAAAAAAAAAAAGGAGAAAAAAGAAAAAUAUAUUCCUCCUGUUUUUCCAAAGGAUCUGUCUCAGGAAUUUAAAGCACAUUUAAGACACACACACACUCACAUAACAUAAGGAGGGGGGGAAAGGCACUUCCCCUCCCCUUCUUGCAGAAAGCAUGGAAGAAAGCUCCAGUUCUCCUGUUUCCCCUGUGGAUAGCUUGGGGACCAGUGAAGAGGAGCUGGAAAGGCAGCCAAAGAGAUUUGGCAGGAAGAGAAGAUACAGUAAGAAGUCCAGCGAAGAUGGCAGCCCCAACCCAGGGAAGAGGGGGAAGAAGUCCAGUCCCAGCUCCCAAUCUUAUGAAGAACUGCAGAGCCAGAGGAUCCUGGCCAACGUCAGAGAGAGGCAGAGGACUCAGUCACUCAACGAAGCUUUUGCUGCCCUGAGGAAAAUCAUCCCCACGCUGCCCUCUGACAAACUGAGUAAAAUCCAGACGCUCAAGCUGGCAGCACGGUACAUAGACUUCCUCUACCAGGUGCUACAGAGCGACGAGAUGGACAGUAAGAUGACGAGCUGCAGUUACGUGGCUCAUGAGCGGCUCAGUUAUGCCUUCUCCGUGUGGAGGAUGGAGGGAGCGUGGUCCAUGUCGGCCUCCCACUAG